AUGAGAGAUGAAAUUGCAACGGCAGUUUUUUUUGUCACGAGAUUGGUGAAAAAGCACGAGAAAUUGAGUACAAAACAGAUAGAAGUCUUUGCACUAAAGCUGAUGACUAUCUUGUUUGAAAAGUACAGAGGUCACUGGCACCCUGACUGCCCUUCCAAGGGGCAGGCUUUUAGGUGUAUCAGGAUAAACAACAAUGAGAACAAAGACCCCAUUUUAGAAAGGGCUUGUUCUGAGAGUAAUGUGAAUUUUUUUCACCUGGGACUUCCAAAGGAGAUGACCAUAUGGGUCGAUCCCUUUGAGGUGUGCUGUAGGUAUGGUGAGAAAAAGCAUCCCUUUACAAUUGCUUCUUUUAAAGGCAGAUGGGAGAACUGGGAACUAGCUCAGCAUAUCAGCUGCGCAGUUAACAGAGCCACAGUGGACUGCUCUUCUAGCACAUCUUCUGACGAAGAAAGCUGCAGCAGUGAGCCCCAAGUCAUCCCCAAAGUCAACAACCCGAAAAGCAUCUACCAGGUUGAAAACUUCAAACAGUCCUUCCAACCAUGGCUCUACCUCCCCCGUAGAAAGCAUUUGCCAGAUGGUCCUGGGGGCCUCCUGGGGCCUGCUUACCACCCCGUGCCCAAGAACUCUAAGUGCUGCAGGCCUGCUGGGCGGCGGGUGGACAGGUACCACUGGGUCAACGCACAGCUGCACAGUGGUCACGCAGCACCAGGCGAGCUUGGAGACGAGGCCUUGUCUUCCCUAAAGCAAAAAUGA